AUGUCAUCAAGUUUUUGUAUUUUAAAGGAAACAAACAUUGCAAUGUUGACUUUUCAUCCAUUUGAUACAUUUGCAGUUCCAAGUGACGAAAUCAUGAGAUUGAUUUGCCAAUCAUGUCCACAUUUGAAAAACUUAAGUUUUGCACACUCAGAAGAGAUCUCAACUUACUGGGUCAUGGAAGUUCUCAAAAGAUUGAAUUUGGAAAGUUCUUCUGCAUUGAGAUUGAUCGCACCACAUAUUGGAACACUGAAAAUGCUUUGCAUUUCGGAGUGCUCUAAACUAACAAUUCCUGGUGUUAUUAAUUUCAUUUUAACAUCAAAGACACUCAAAGUUCUUAAACUUGAGGAAACAGGAGUUAAUUUACCUUCAGGAAACGUCAAUCCUGAUGUUUUGGCAGGAAUUAAAGACCCGUUCCCAAUAGCAAAGGAGUCUUCACCAGGAAUUCUCUUCCUUCAAUAA